AUGGCUCAGCACCAAGGAAAUAUCAACAGCAUCGUCGCCGCUUUCUACGUGUGCACCAGAAACGAUGGUGACUGCAGCCCCCUGAGCAAGGAGGAGCUGAGGCAGCUCAUUGAGCUGGAGUUUGGGGAUGUGAUGGAGAACCCCCAAGACCCCAGCACUGUCAAGAAGGUGCUGUGCUUUCUGGAUGAUGACAGCAGCUGCAGGGUGGACUUCAGUGAGUUGAUCAGCCUGGUUUUCCACAUGGCCAAGGCUUGUUACAAGCCACUCCAGCACCACCAGGCACUGCAAGAUGGUCAAGAGCCAACAGGGCAAGAGAAGGCAGGUGGGGAGCUGUCACCGGGACCAGGCACAGCAGGGAGGGUCUCCUACAACCAACAGGUCCAUGAGCAGGGUGUGAACAAUCAGGUCGAGGACACUGAGACACAGGACCCAGACAAAUAUCAAAGCCAGGAGGGUGAGACACAAGAGCAGGACAGGGACACCCAUCAAACCCAGGAAGGUGAGAUAGAGGAGCAGGACCAGGACGACCAUCAAACCCAAGAGGGUGAGACAUCAAAGGAGGACCGGGACACCCAUCAAACCCAGGAGGGUGAGAUACCAAAGCAGGACCAGGAUUACCAUCAAACCCAAGAGGGUGAGACAUCAAAGCAGGAUGGGGACACCCAUCAAACCCAGAAGCAUGAGACAUCAAAGCAGGAUGGGGACACCCAUCAAACCCAAGAGGGUGAGACUUCAAAGCAGAAUUGGGACACCCAUAAAACCCAGGAGGGUGAGACAAGGGAGCAGGAUCAGGACAAUCAUCAAACCCAGGACAGUGAGACACCAGAGCAGGACCAGGACACCCAACAGGAUGAUGGGACUGAAGCAUCAGAAGGGGACCCAGAGAGAGGUGAGAUCCUGGACAAUGCAACCCCAGAGCAGGACAGAAAUACCUAUAGGGCUGAAGAAACUGAGACACCAAAACAGGAUCCAAAAAUCCACCAGGCUAAAGAAACUGAGGCACCAGGACAGGGUUCAAACCAUCAUCAGAGUCCAGAGAUGGAGUCAGAAGAGCAGGACCUGACUUGUCCCUCUGAGACACGAGGGAGAGACCCAGACAACAAGACCCAAGUCUGUGAGGCCCCUUGGCAGGACCCCAAUCCUGGCAAGACCCAGAAGCUGCUGCCCCCACAACAGGAUGCAAGCCCCCGUCGGGAUCCCAAGCCCUGGGGAACACAUCAUGAACCAGCUUUCCAUCCAUUCCCUGAAUCCAAGGUGCUGGAGAAGGAGCACAGUGGGGCAGAAGCUCCAUCUUGUCCAGCACAACAGCAACAAGAUAUUCAUCAGCAAAGACAACCUGUUCUGGAGCAACAGCUCCUCCGCUCUCUGUAUGAGUGGCCAAUAGAGCAGUAA